UUUUGAGCGUGUCGACUGGCCGCUUUGCUUCGCGUCGUCUCUGUUCAGCAUCGCCAAAUUAUCCGUAGCUCAUGAAUAAAGUGAGUGAUAGUUUAAAUGAACAGAUUUAAACUUUUUUUUAUUCGCGUUUCAAAAUAAACGUACGCCAGUGGAAAGUUGUUUGUUAAUUGUUUUGGUGAUUAUUUGGUUAUAUGUUACUUUAUAUGAUUUGAAAGGUACAGUACGGUAAUGCAAACAUGUCAUGUCUGUGGAAGUUGUGAGUUUGCGUCAUAAAUUAUGCUAAUAUAUGAGUACAUUCGCUGUGCGAUGCACUGGUGGAGCGAGCCGGAUUCCACUUACGUCAACAUCGUCAGGAUGAAAAGUUAAUGGCAUAUCUUGAUUAAAUCUCAUAAAUAAAGAGCAACACUGAAGUUACAUGUUCUAAGGAUGUAAGAAAUGACGAAAUACUAUUAAUUAUGUUGGACAUGUACGAGUCGGAAUCGAUAGACUUUGAUUCUAGUACGCUGUCAGACUUCCUUAUACGCAACGUCACAUCCAGUGAAUACUAUAUAAAUGCUACAGCCUCGUCCAACUUAACGAAACUAGAUUACGACGCUAUAUGCAAUCCGAGUACAUCCUCAGAGAGCUUCUUUACUUCUGCGACAUUCCAAACAUGCGUUUAUUUCAUGUACUGCAUCGUUUUUGUCGUGGCACUCGUUGGAAACGGACUAGUCUGCUUCGUUGUACAAACAUCGCCUCGGAUGAAAACGGUCACAAAUUAUUUCAUAGUAAACCUGGCAGUGGGCGAUAUCCUGAUGACGUUGUUCUGUGUGCCGUUUUCUUUCGUAUCAAUGCUUGUGCUGCGGUAUUGGCCCUUUGGUGGUAUUAUGUGCAAAGUUGUCAACUUCUCACAAGCGGUUUCAGUGCUCGUGAGCGCAUACACUUUACUAGCUAUAUCGAUUGACCGAUACAUGGCAAUAAUGCGCCCAUUGAAACCUAGGAUGGGUAAAACCGCAGCAAAAAUGGUUGUCGCUGGCGUGUGGGGAGGUGCUAUUGCGACCGCCACCCCUAUAUACGUAGUAUCAAAAUUGGAGAGACCUGCAGAGUGGCAUAAAUACUGUCAACUAGAUAUUUGCCACGAAGAAUGGGACCACGUGGAACAGAGUGAGCGUUACACCUGUGCGCUGUUGGUGCUUCAGUUUGUAUUGCCACUUAGCGCUCUUGUGUGUACAUAUGCUCGCAUUGCCCACGUAGUCUGGGGCGGACGACCACCCGGUGAAGCCGAAAGUACAAGAGAUUCCAGGAUGCAACGAUCAAAAAGAAAGAUGAUCAAAAUGAUGGUGAUUGUUGUAGCAGUAUUCACGGUUUGCUGGCUCCCACUGAACAUUUUUAUUGUGUUAUGGACGCUACAUGAAGGAGAUGAAGAGUGGGCUGCAUGGCCAGGUAUGCCCUAUGUUUGGUUCGCGAGCCACUGGCUGGCGAUGUCACAUUCCUGCUACAACCCCAUCAUAUAUUGCUACAUGAACACGAGGUAUCGACGCGGCUUCAAACAGGCCUUAGGAUGGUUCUUCCGCGUUCGGUUUGAAACAACAUCUCCACGCUGUCAUCAUUCCAGCAUCUGUGAAGGAAUGCAAAUGUCAGAGAUGGUGGGUGUGAACGGCAUUGUGAGACGUGGCACGUCGAGCAGCUGUGUGAGUCGUCUGCAGCGGGCUCCGACGUGUUCCUCCUGUGCGUCUGUUAGACGUGGCGUCGCCGGCGGCUUCACGACUCCCGUGCCGCCUAUACGGGCCCUCUCCGUGCGCACACACUUCAACUGAACUUUCUUAUUUUUGUCCUACCUAUGCUAAUAGCCCUGAGAGGCUAUUUCAGCUCCUUCUUGACGUGUAGCUCACGGGGCUCAAG